AGUUCAACGCUUUUCUAAAGAGCUUCUCUUUUUUAAACUCGUAUUUGUAGUUGAUGAACCUAUUAAAUCAGCUGUUAAACUGCUAGACUCGAGCCGUAGAAGACACAAUGUCAUAACGUAAAAUUAAAAAAUAAUGGUAAAUAUUCACCCAGGCAUCUUUUAAGGCACCUAUAACGACUGACUGGGGUCUUGCCUGCUGACAGUAUGGCUGCCUUCAGCAGAGGAAGGCAGAGGAUAAAAGCUUUCUGCUGCUUUAGGACUUUAAUGUUUACAAGAAACUUUACAGCAGGUAAAUUUGAUUAUGAUCUGGUGGUGAUUGGUGGAGGCUCUGGAGGAUUGGCGUGUUCAAAAGAAGCUGCCCAAUUAGGACAGAGAGUUGCUGUCUUGGACUAUGUCGAACCUUCACUCAAAGGCUCUAAAUGGGGUCUCGGUGGCACGUGUGUGAAUGUCGGAUGCAUUCCAAAGAAGCUUAUGCAUCAGGCGGCGCUGCUUGGCACUGCUGUCAAAGAUGCUCGGAAGUAUGGCUGGCAAAUCCCAGAAUCCCUGUCACAUGACUGGUCAACAAUGGCUGAGGCUGUCCAGAACCAUGUGAAGUCUCUAAACUGGGGUCACAGAGUUCAACUGCAAGACAAGAAGGUGAAAUAUUUGAAUAUGAAGGGCAGUCUAGUGGAUGAGCACACUAUCAGAGCUGUAAAUGCCAAAGGCAAAGAGAUGACAAUGACUGCCAAAAACAUUGUGUUCGCUACUGGUGGGCGGCCGAAGUACCCUACACAUGUCCCGGGAGCCAUGGAGUUUGGGAUCACGAGUGAUGAUGUCUUCUGGCUCAAGGAGUCUCCAAAAAAAACGUUGGUUGUUGGUGCCAGUUAUGUAGCGUUGGAAUGUGCCGGCUUCCUUACAGGCAUUGGGCUGGACACCACUGUGAUGGUGCGCAGUAUCGCCCUCCGGGGCUUUGAUCAGCAAAUGUCUGGUUUAGUCACAGACUACAUGGAGGCCUAUGGCACCAAGUUUUCCUGGAGGUGUACACCAAAAACAGUAAAAAAGCUCCCCUCUGGGCUUCUGAAGGUCACAUGGAUGGAUCUAAACACUGAAGAGGAACAUCAAGACACCUUUAACUCAGUCCUUUGGGCUGUAGGCAGAGCUCCUGAGACCAAGACCCUCAAUUUGGAGAAGGUUGGAGUGGAGAUCAACAAAGAAACGGGGAAGAUAAUCGUAGCUGCUGACGAAGCCACGUCCGUGCCCAAUAUUUUCGCUAUCGGAGACAUCGCUGAGGGUCGUCCUGAGUUGACCCCGACAGCCAUUAAGGCCGGAAGGCUCCUGGCCCGCAGACUGGUGGACCAUUCCACUGAGCUCAUGAAUUAUGAGAAUGUGGCCACUACAGUGUUCACACCACUAGAGUACGGCUGUGUAGGUCUGUCUGAAGAAGAAGCUGAAAAGAGACAUGGCAAAGACCAGAUUGAGGUGUACCAUGCCUUCUACAAACCCCUGGAGUUCACGGUGGCUGAGAGAGACGCCACUCAGUGCUACAUAAAGGUGGUUUGUCUACGGGAGGGUGAGCAGCGCAUUCUAGGUCUGCAUUUCACCGGGCCGAACGCUGGCGAGGUCACGCAGGGCUUUUCUCUGGGCUUCCAGUGUGGGCUUACCUACGAACACCUCAGGAAUACGGUCGGGAUACACCCCACCUGCGCCGAGGAGCUCGUCAAACUCAACAUCACGAAACGCUCCGGUCUCGACGCCACGGUAACAGGCUGCUGAGGUUAAGCAUCCCCUUCCUGAUCGCACGAGCACACGGGAACCAAUAGAAAGGUUGUGAUAAUGUGAGUUAGCAAUUACAGGCAGCAUUCAGGAAGUCUUUCUCUCAGUUUCCGAGACCUUUAAACCACAGAAACAAAUCUAUUUCAGUUUAAUAUAUGAUAUUUCUAGUGCAGUCAAAUGAUUAAUCGCGAUUAAUCGCAUCCAAAAUAAAAGUUUACAUAAUAUAUGUGCGUGUGCUAUUUGUAAUGUGUAUAUAUAAAUACACACACAUGCAUGUGUAUAUAUUUAAGAAAAAUGUUGUUUACAUAUUAAAUAUAUUUAUACAUAAUAUAAAUUAUAUGAGUAUAAAUAUUACUGCUUGGCAACGAUUAAUCGCGAUUAAUCGCAUCCAAAAUAAAUGUUUUUGUGUACAUAAUAUACGUGUGUGUGCUGUUUAUAUUUAUGUAAAUACACACACAUGCAUAUUUAAGAAAAAUUUUGUUUAUAUAUUAAAUAUAUUGAUAUAUAAUAUAAAUAUGUAAAUAUUUUCAAAAUAUAUACUGUAUGUGUGUGUCUUUUAUAUAUACAUAGCACACACACACACACAUAUUAUGUGAACAAACUUUUAAUUUGCAUGCGAUUCAUCGCAACAAAUCAUUUGACAGCCCUAGAUAUUUCAUAUUAUAAUUCUGGAGGUCAGUGCUAACAAGUAUGUCCUUCUGUGCCACUGUGAUGUAUCGUUUUUAAACCAAGUCCAGGAGAGGUCAGCUAGCUUUUUACCACAGGUCAAGAUAAUCCAAUAAGGUCCUCGUGUUUGCUCUCCAGCAUAAGAACGCAGAUCCAGGUUAGAGCAACACGAACCACAAGCGCCGCUGCGAACAGAUAAACACGUCCAUAAAUCAGGAUUAAGGCCUCAUUACAGUUUGCUGAAAUGAGAAACGCUGGAGAAAGUGGCCUAAUGUUUCUGAAAUAUAUUCUGCAAAUAUUGUUGUUUCUCUGGCUGUACUUCCUGUCCAUUAGUCAUGCACCGCUCCUGACACUGAUGGAUGGGAUAGGCCCGUCGUUGCAUUGACACCACCCCGUUUCCCAGAGACGUAGACAAACACUCGGUGAGCAGUGUGUCACUCAAACGCAGAAGAGAGCGCUUGUUUAGUCCUGGACUUUAGGAGGUUCCCCAGUGCACAGGGGGAGCAGAGAGUCCACAGUACAAUAACAUACUCUCCUGAUCUCUCCAGGUAAAGCCUAAACAUCCACAGUACUGCCGGAUACCUGAAGGUGGCAGUGUUAGCUUCCUUUUCCUCCACAUGUGAAGAUAAAAAUCUCUGAGCUGUGUAGUCAUUAUGAAUUCGAGUCACAGUUAAUCACUGGCACAAUGUUAAGAUUAAUUGAACACUUACUGGGCAUUUAUCGCUCCAUAGGUUUAGCUUAUCUGUUGUUUGUGUACUUGGCUAAUAGCUUUGGCCCACGGUGCUGCCGCCUGCUUUGAGGGAAGUUAAACUGCAACUAUUCCCAAAAGUUCAAUUCAUUUUGUGACAGGAAAUCUGUGACAUCUGUGUACGUUCAAACCAGAUAAAGUAUGAAAAGCAUAUGUGCAUUUUGAAAUAUAUUGAUAUAUAAGUGCAAGUGCAAUUAUAACGCAACAUUUUUCUUAAAGGGGUAGUUUAUCCAAACAUGAAGUGUCUUUCAUUAUUUACUCAGUCUGAUGUCAAUCCAAACCAUCUUUAUUUAUUCAUCAGAAAACUGAAUUUUGAAUUGUACUGGUUGCAUUUUUUAUUUUUUAUUUUUUAUAAUAGAGACCACUUAAAAGCAUCAUAAAAGUAUGACUUGUGCACUGGAUUCAUUUUCAAGUCAAGUUGUUUUUACUGCAAAUGUUGCAUCUUGGCUCUCUUUGCUGUGUUAAUGUGGUGCCCAGUUCUUGAAAAAAUCAUUCUUUUGUCUUUUCAGUAAUUCAGUUCAUCCAGUUCGCAGUCUGAAUGAUUCAUUGAUAAAUUGGACUGAUCCGGUUCUCAAGUUCAAACUCAAUAACCAAUAAGUGAAUAAAAGCUUAAAUUUCUCAAUGUUUCUCACUCAAAACUAUCAUGCAAGAAAGCUUGGCAUACAGUGCAUGAGUCAUAUGAGCUGCUUUUAUGGUUCUGUAAUGGUUAUUUUGUCAUAUUCUUACAGCUUGAAUGUUUCAGUCCCGUUCACUGUAGCAUGGAAAAGAGCAACCAGAAUAAUUUUUUAAUGCAAGCCUUUACACAGAAGUAGAAACACAGGUUUGUAAGAACACGAGGGUGAGUAAAUGAUGGCAGAAUGUUCAUUUUUGGGCAAAAUAUGCCUUUUGGUUUAAUGUAGUUUGUGUUUGUAAUUUCAGUGCCAAUGAAACAACAGAUGUGCUAAACCUAUAAAACACCUUGAAUCUCAGAAUUUGCUUAAAUUCUGUUGCAUUCAAAAUGUAUAUGAAAUCAGCUUUAGAAACCUUAUUUUAAUGGCCAUGUCACAUACUUAAAGGGACAGCUCACCCAACAAUGCAAAAUCUGUCAUCAUGUACUUCACCCCGAUGUCAUUCCAAAAAUUUAUUUUUUCCGCAGAACACCACAAAAGAUGUUUUAAAGAAUACUGGUAAUCAAAAUAUUUUCUUUUGUGUUCUGUGAAAGAAAGAUUUGAAACAACGUCAUGGCAGAAUUUUUAUUUUUGGAUGAACUGUCCCUUUAACAAUCGCUAAAGUCUGCAUCUUUAAUUACAUGUCGUUAUAUGUAUGGUUUUCCCAUCGUGUAAAUUUGAAUGGGAGAAUGCCGUAGACUCAGAAGUGAGUGUCUGCGGUGGAAGAGUUUGUUUUUGUUUGAAGUCUAAUCUGCCCUGGCUCUGAUUAAUGAGCCUGAGAGUGGAGAGGAGCACUGCGCUACCAGGUUUAUUUGUACCCAGGGCUGAUGGGAACGGGAGGGAACCGUGUGCUCGACUCAGGGACGGGGUGCUGACUGAAGAACCCUGACCCCAACACACUACCACCAACAGCUUGGCUCUGUCAACCCACACACACACACACACACACACACACACACACACACACCACAACACAGAAAUAUGCGGGUGUAUGCUUCUCUAAAGCUUCUCAGAUAUUCAUGCUAUGACCAGUGUAAUUGUUUUGACAUUUUUUUUUUUAUGUUAAAUUUAAACGUUGCAUCUCAAAUUGAAAUUAAAGCUCAAAUGUGCUUUAGACACGUAACACCGGCUUGAGACAGCAGCUCCCAUCUGCACAUUCACACACAGUGAGGGGUCAGGGUUCAACUUUCAAGGGCCCAGCUAAUGAUGACUUGCACUAAAAGCCAAAACUGGAGAGGGCGAGUCUGAUGUCACCUGGCGUCAUUUAUUUCUGUAAAUAGAGAAGCCUGAUUUGGCAUUACGCCAUGCACUGGAUAAUUUAUAAGUGUGUGUAGUAAGAUAUACAAAUUGCACCAUUAAAAUUAUGAUGGAUUAUA